AUGGGCCGAAUAGAGCGUCCAGACCAGGGCACCGAGACCCCGAGAAGCGCGCGAAGCAUCCGAUCAACCGGCGUAGGGCACACGACGCCUCGUUCGCGUUCCCAAGAACUGAUGCGGAGGUUCCAAGAGAACCGCGACGAAGACCUCGCGAGGACGAUGCAGACGUACGAGCUCGACGACGCGUAUGACCGAGGGUAUGGGGACCUCGUUGGCAUCGGCAACACGGCGGGCCACUUCAUGAACGAAGACUAUCGCAGAGACUCUGACGUAUUCGCAUCCGCACCCAUACCGCCUGCGCCGACGCCGCCGACGGCGUUUGAGCGACCGCCGCCGACGGACUACAUGUCGGGUGUCAACCGGGCGAGAGGCCUCCCCCAGGAUCCGCUGGGGCAGCGAUUGGCUGAGCGGUUCUCCGAGUCGCGUUCGAGUCCAGGUGGCCCCCGGCCGGGUAUGAUGGCGCCGCCGCCACUGCCACCGCUCGCGGCCAUGACGGCUCCCAUCAUGGGUCCUCCACCUCCCAUGAUGGGACCCAUGGCCAUGGGCCCGCCGCCGCCGAUGCCACCCCCGAUGCCGAUGCUGAGGCGGCACACGAUGGAAGAAGAGUUAUACAACAGCGUCAGAUCGAUGCGGCCGUCCGAGCGGGUGACGCCGGGGCGGAUGAUACAAGACUACGAGAUGGAGGCGGCGGCGCACGCGCACACGCCACGGAGCCGGAGACGAAUGCGAGAGGAGCCCAAGUCGUCGACGCUCGCUGGUCUCACGGGCAUUGGCCGCGGCGUGAACCGGGUGCAUGAAUGGCGAAACUAUGUGUGGCCUGGCCAGCCCGAGGGUGAACACGCGGCCGUAGCGUGA